AUGUCUACCCUUGUCGUACCACCUGUUCCUUGUACCCCAAAAGACGAUGCCAUGCAACUUCACCGUGCUUUCAAAGGCUUUAGGUGUGAUACUAGUUCUGUCAUCAAUAUACUUGCUCAUAGGGAUGCUACUCAGCGUGCCUAUCUCCAACAUGAAUACACAUCAUUGUAUUCUCAGGACCUUCUCAAAAGGAUUUCUUCCAAGCUUUCUGGCAGGUUGGAGAAUGCAAUUCUACUUUGGAUGCAUUGCCCUGCUGGACGUGAUGCACUCAUUCUUAAACAGACUCUAACCGUCAAUAAAAAUCUUGAAGCUGCCACUGAAGUUAUAUGUUCCAGAACUCCAUCCCAACUCCAAUAUUUAAGGCAUAUUUACUAUGCUAAAUUUGGCGUUUAUCUUGAACAAGACAUUGAAAGAAAUACCUCUCGCGAUCAUAAAAAGAUUCUACUAGCAUAUGUGAGCACACCACGCCAUGAAGGCCCUGAGGUUGAUAAAGAAAUGGCUGAGAAUGAUGCGCUGGUUCUGUAUAAAGCAGGUGAGAGGAGACUAGGAACGGAUGAGAAAACUUUUGUGCGAAUAAUCAGUGAACGGAGUGCGGCACAGUUGGCUGCCAUAAAUCAGUUUUAUCGUAGCAACUAUGGACAUUCACUGAAAAAGGCAAUAAAGAAAGAAACAUCAGGUUAUUUUGGUCGUGCACUUUUUACAAUAGUUCAAUGUGCCGAUAAUAGAGCUAAGUAUUUCGCAAAGGUCCUACGUAGAGCAAUGAAAGGUUUAGGGACCGAUGACAAGAAACUUACGAGGGUGAUUGUAACAAGGAGUGAGAUUGAUCUACGUUAUAUCAAAGAGGAAUAUUUAAAGAAAUACAAGAAGACACUAAAUGAUGCAGUUCACUCGGAAACAUCCGGCCACUACAGGGUGUUUCUGCUCUCACUUUUAGGUCCCAACCAAUAG